AUGGCGCUACAUGACUACCCCAUACCAGACCUUGACAUAACCUUGCAGGAAGCAGGCCGGGUCCUCCAACUCACCCUGAGCCCUGACCUGUACAUGCAGUACAAAAAUGCCCUCUCCCAGCAGAGAGAGAUCCUCCAGGAGGCCCAGAGGAAGCUGUCUGAAGCGGGUUCGGGUCGAGAGAACUGGGUGACGGAGCAGUUCAAAAGCCGCCUGCUGUCCUGUGGCGAUGCGCUGCCCACCUCCACUGCCAUCCCCACAGUCCUGCCGCAGUCGAAGGCCUGGAAGAAUGACACUCAACUGGGGAGGGCAGCAGCACUGGUGUGGGCCAUGGCCAAGCUCUACAGUGAACCCUGGCUGGUCGAGGGAGAUGUGCCAAUGGAACGUACGCAGCAGUCAGAAGUGUUUGCUGCCAGCCGACUUCCUGGAAAGAAACAGGAUGAAAUUAAGCUCUACCCAGACAGUGUUCAUGCCAUCCUCACCAGCCGAGCCGGAGCAUUUCCCAUACAGAUCCUGCACAGGCCCAGUGCAGAGGGUCCUUUCACCGCCUUGUCUCUGGGGGACAUAUAUGAUCAAAUAGAACACAUCAGUAACCUGCCUGCUGCUGGCACAGAGCAGGAUGCCUCAGCCAUCUGUGCCCUCUCCUCGCAGCCUCGUAGAGACUGGCAUAGCGUGAGGGAAAAGAUCCUGAAGAAAGGAGGGCCCACCGCGGCAUCCCUGGACCUUAUGGAAAGUGCCAUCCUGGCUGUCUCCCUGGAGGAUGGACCAGCACCACCUGACGUGGCAAGCACCCUCAAUGCUAUCCGACUUGGGGACAGAGGUUGGAACUGCUUGAGGUUUUAUGACAAGGUUGGUAAACGAUUCCCUUUUAAGAAACCUAACAGAAAGAUACAGAGAGACAGUGAGGAAAAAUCAGAGCCACUUUGGUGUGGCUUAAAAUAA